CACCCGGAAGCGAAUCUCUUCGGUUAAAGCGCCAAGACAGGUUCAUUCGUAGAUUCGAGUUCUUAGCGUUGUAGACUUUUGUCUGUUCCCGUGGCUUCGCCGUGUCCUAGAGUCUACUCCCGCAGACGGAGAUCUGCUGCCAUGUCUGUGGUUCCACCGAGCCGCUCGCAGGCUGGCUGGCCUCGAGGUGUCUCUCAGUAUGGGAACAAAUAUCUGCAGGCCAAGCCCCUGACCCUGGAAAGGACCAUUAACCUGUAUCCAUUGACCAACUACACAUUUGGUACGAAGGAACCGUUAUAUGAAAAAGAUUGCUCGGUUGCUGCUCGAUUUCAGCGCAUGAGGGAGGAAUUUGACAAGAUCGGCAUGAGACGCACGGUGGAGGGAGUCCUGAUUGUUCAUGAACACAGGCUGCCUCAUGUUUUAUUGCUGCAAUUGGGAACAACCUUCUUUAAAUUACCCGGUGGAGAGCUAAAUCCUACAGAAGAUGAAGUGGAGGGCUUGAAGCGACUUAUGACUGAGAUUUUAGGCCGUCAAGAUGGUGUGCAGCAAGACUGGGUAAUUGAUGAUUGCAUCGGAAACUGGUGGAGGCCGAAUUUUGAGCCCCCUCAGUAUCCCUACAUUCCAGCUCACAUCACCAAACCCAAAGAGCACAAAAAGUUAUUCUUAGUGCAACUUCAAGAAAAAGCCCUUUUUGCAGUUCCGAAGAAUUACAAGCUGGUUGCCGCUCCGUUAUUUGAACUUUAUGACAAUGCUCCUGGUUAUGGGCCCAUUAUCUCCAGCCUUCCUCAGCUUUUGAGCAGGUUUAAUUUUAUUUAUAACUGAAGUGUAUGGAUGCAUUGCUCAAGAUCCUGAUGGAUGUACAACUACAAUUUCUUGUGAACAUCUCCAAGCCAGUAGUCUGGCUUCUCAGCCAGAGAGUAAAUCGGUUCUACAAACCAAAUCCAACAGCAUGCAGCACCUGACCUGCUCAGCUGAUGCUCCUGUGAGAUUUUGUUCAACUGUACACCAACUAUGAAGCCGAGGAGUUUUAACUGGUGCUUUUUUUUUAAGAAAUGUUUUCUGCUUAUGUAAUUGUUUGAGUUUUCUACUUUAUUAAAUGGACAAAUACCUUUAUUUUUGAGGGUUUUAAUUAGCUGUAGUUUGUGUAUUUUGUAUUUCACCAUUUAUUUGGAGCUAUUGUAAUUGGAUAUGAGAGAAACCUAGUCGAUGUAUAUUGAUUAAAGACAAAACUGACCUGA